AUGUCUCAAUCUAAGGCCGACAAGAUCGCUGAGGCUCAGUCCAACCUGCCUCUCCCCGAGCAGCCCCCCGUCGCCUCGGACUGGAACUCAGCCGACGCCCGCAACGUCAACGUGGGUUCUGGUCGCGACGUGGCGAGCGACAUCUCGACUGGCGCCGGCGCUACGUCCGGCCUGCGCGAGCCCGCCACCAAGUCGUCGGAGGCGACCGACAUGAGCAACAUCGGCCGCGAGGGCAAGGACAACCUGGACGGUCCCCCCAAGGAUGCCGCCGCGCGAUAG